AAGCAGGAAAAAGUGAUGCAUGGAACACUUGGAAUUACACAUCAAUCUCAUUCAGGCUCACCACUGCACAACAUCAAAACACCAUCACCACCGAAGAAACAGGCCCCUCAACCUCAAGCAAUACUUCACAAACCUCACUAUAUCAAGAUCAAGCAACUCAACCAAGUGCAAGUAAUGACUCCAUCACCUCACCUCCAAACACGACCAUCACAUCUCUCAACUUCACACAACCCACCUCAACCUUACACACAUUUACCAGCAUCACGGGGAACCCUUGGAAUUUCACAUCAAUCUUACCAACAGUCACCACCCCACAUCAACAAAACACCAGCACCACCACAGAAACAGGCCCUUCACCCUCACCCCCUACACAAACCUCCCUCUAUCCAGAUCAAGCAGCUCAAACAAGCUCAAGUCAUGACUCCAUCACCUCACCUCCAAUCACGACCAUCACAUCUCUCACCUCCACACAUCCCUCCUCAACCUUACACACAUCCACCAGCAUCACGGGUAGCACAGAAAGACCAUGUCAGUACAGCGUUUUGGAGAGUGUGAAAGAAAACGAAGCUCAUGUCGUGAAUAUCACCGGCUCUAAGGACCAAAAUUACACAAUCAGGAUAAAGGAUAAGCACAAUGAGAUCCGUGCUGAGAAAAUAUCUCACCAAACUGCCUUUAAAAUUCCUUUUCAAUGGUUAAAACCAUGCACUGUGUACACCGUCAGUGUGGAUGACUGUGAACUCAGUGGAAACAACACCUUUACUUCCAGUA